UCAUUUUCUAUCUCUUGCUUGCGUUUUCAUCAAAAGGGCUGGGCCUCGGUGGGGAGAGAGUUGUGAAGAAGCAGCAUGGAUGAGAGGAUGCCACCUGCUGCUUUCUUUCAGUACUCUCCCUCAGGACUCCACUCAUCACCACAUCACUCUAUCAGGCCCUCUUCUGAUAGAGAGAGAUAUGUGGCUGAUUUAUUGAAUGAGAGGCAGAAGCUGGCUCCAUUUAUUCAAAUUCUCCCAUUAUGUGCUAGGCUUCUCAAUCAAGAAAUUGUUCGGGCAUCUGGGUUAGCACCGAAUCAAACCUUUGUUAGCCCCGAGUGUAUUGAGCAUGGGAGUCCAUUAAGGUUGGCUGGCCGUACAUUAAGUGGUACAUCUAUGGAUUUUGAGGGAUGGCCGGGAAUGCAAGCAGAGGAAAAUGGUUAUUUGCCAAGAAUGGGGAUGUCUCCAGCACCAUCUGUUGGUUGGAAUGGGACUCCUGGAGUUUCUAUGAGCCCUGUUAUUAAGAAAGUUGUCAGACUCGAUGUUCCUGUUGACAAGUUCCCUAAUUAUAACUUUGUUGGCCGUCUUUUGGGACCAAGAGGAAACUCCUUGAAAAGAGUGGAAGCUACGACUCGCUGCAGAGUUUAUAUACGAGGUCGGGGUUCAGUCAAGGAUUCUGUUAAGGAAGAAAUGCUAAGAGAUAAACCUGGAUACGAACACCUUAACGAGCCAUUGCACGUGCUUGUAGAGGGCGAGUUUUCAGCAGACAUUAUAGAUCUCCAACUGAAUCAAGCUGUCACGAUAGUAGAAGAACUUUUGCAGCCUGUGGACGAAUCAACAGAUUUUUACAAGAAACAGCAGCUGAGGGAAUUGGCAAUUCUGAACGGUACUCUAAGAGAAGAGAGCCCUCACAUGAGUCCUAGUGCGUCUCCAUUCAACAGCACAGGGAUGAAACGUGCGAAAACUGGGUUAUAAGACUUUUUAACUGCUUCAAACCUUUGCCUUGUGAAUACGUACUCACUCUCGCUCUAGAAAGGAGAUUUGUCAACUGAAGAACAGCAGGACCUCCAGCUUCGGAGUUCUAUAAUGGAUGGGGCUCGAGAUAUCUAUACAUUAUACCUUUGAUCUAGAUACAAUGCGUGAUUGAUCCUAAAGUAAAUACUCAAUUUGUGUCUGAAUUUCCAAUACAUUAAGCUAAUAUUAGAACCGGGUUGAUUUGUUGAAGACCUCUUGUAGGGUAUGAAAGUAGGAAGGUACUAGAUGUUGGUGCUUGAGUUUUGUAUGUGGACAUUUCGACGUAUGUAUUUAAUUUUAUAGCGUGGUUUUGAUCCUA